AUGAGUGAGCAGGAAGAGCCUUAUUCUCACUCAGGAUUUCUUAUGUCUUCUUCAGAGCAGCAGAGUAGAGUAAAACCUGGUGGUACUCAAAGGCCCACAGAGAAUAAAGACAGAGUUUUAGUUUUUCAGCACAGUCAAGGAAAGCAUCAUGAGGAAAAUAUAAACCUCAGUCAAGAGUACCACAUCAUGGUAUAUGAAAUGAAGUUAAAGGAUGAAUUGUUGAAAAAUAAGUCUAUAGAGUAUGAGAGCCUCAAAAACCUAACAGAAAGGAAGAGAUAUCAUGGGAAACAUGAGAUCAUUUCAAAUUGUUUAAAGUCUACAGGCAAACACUUUGAAGGACAUUGGUUCUGUUGUGGCACAAAAUGUUAUUAUUUUAUCAUGGACAGUAAAAACUGGAAUGGAUGUAGGCAGACUUGCCGCAAAUGCAGUUUAUCCCUUUUGAAAAUCGAUGACAGUGAUGAGCGGGACCUCCUUCGGUCCCAGGUUAAUGGAAACAGUCACUGGAUUGGAUUAUCAUAUGAUAAACGGGAGAGGAAAUGGAAAUGGAUUGACAGUGGCUCAUCUAACCUCAGUUUGACAGCAUUGAAUUUAAAUCGUCCGACAGGAAUGUGUGCAUUUUUGACUUCAACAAGAAUAGAUGAUAGUGACUGUGGUAAAACCUACCCGUGCAUCUGUGAAAAGAGAGUGGAUACGUUCUGUGAUUCAGGGUGCAACAAGAAGGAAAGAGUGCACAGUGCCCUGGCAUCACGUCGCCGUGGCGCUCGGGGUCCUUUAUUUACUUCUGCUGAUGGCAGUCGUAGUAGCAUUGGUGACACAGAAAAACGCCUUGAAGGACAUUUGUUCUGUUAUGGCACAAAAUGUUAUUAUGCUAUCAUGGAAAGUAAAACAUGGAUUGGAUGUAGGCAGAUUUGCAACGAAUGCAGUUUAUCCCUUUUGAAAAUCUAUGACAGUGAUGAACGGGACUUCCUAUGGUCCCAGGUUAAUGGAGACAGUUAUUGGAUAGGAUUAUCAUAUGAUAAACAAGAAGAGAAAUGGAAAUGGAUUGACAGUGGCUCAUCUAACCUCAAUUUGACAUCAUUUAAUUUACAACGUCGAGUAGGAAUGUGUGCAUUUUUUACUUCAACAAGAAUAGUCGAUAGUGACUGUGGUAAAACCUACCCCUGCAUCUGUGAAAAGAGAAUGGUCACAUUCUCUGAUUCAGUGUGCAACAAGAAGGAAAGCCCAAUGCAAAGUUUUGAUACUUCACUUACUUCCAAGAUGAGUGAGCAGGAAGAGCUUUAUUCUAACUCAGGAUUUCUUAAGUCUUCUUCAGAGCAGCAGAGUAGAGUAAAACCUGCUGGUACUCAAGGGCCGAAAGAGACUGAAGACAGAGAGUGCUCAAUCUCCUGGCUUCUCAUUGCAGUGGUUCUUGGGAUCCUUUGUUUCCUUCUGUUGGUGGUGAUUGCACUGUGGGCAACACAGAGAAAACUCACUGAUACCAUGUACAACUACAACUACAAUUUCCGAUACAACCCUUCUAUGGAAAUUCCAUCUGCUCUAAUAAUAAUUAUGCCAUUUCUUCAUGUUCUUAUUUUCAUAAUGCAUUGUGACUUCCUAUGGUCCCAGGUUAAUGGAGACAGUUAUUGGAUAGGAUUAUCAUAUGAUAAACAGGAAGAGAAAUGGAAAUGGAUUGACAGUGGCUCAUCUAACCUCGAUUUGACAGCAUUGAAUUUAAAUCAUUCAACAGGAAUGUGUGCAUUUUUGACUUCAACAAGAAUAGACAAUACUGACUGCAGUAAAAGCUACCCGUGCAUCUGUGAAAAGAGAAUGGAUACGUUCUCUGAUUCAGUGUGCAACAAGAAGGAAAUGUAGACACAGAACAUUGUCAUUUUUGUGUUUCCUGUAGUAGUCUGUGACUGCUCACAAUGAAAUGUUUCUGACCACAAGAUUUAGUCAACUGGGCAAACAGAGAGAGGAGCUGGAGGAGGAGGGUAAUGACCUUCUGGAAUCUGACUUACCAGAUCAUAGCCAUUUUCCUUCCUGGAGGAGACAGAGCAGC